AUGCAAAGUUUGAUCACGUUUGCGGAGUCGAUGUUCGAAAAACUAUCCAAAACCGGUGACUGGGUGAAAUUCAAGAGUAGCGAUGCCUUGGAGUCAACAGCAAAGAUGCAGAUGGAAAGAAAAGAAAAGAACAAGAAGGCACAAGAAGAGUUGGUCAAUGUACUGCUAAACGUAUUUGCCAGGAAAGAUAUGCUUCAUACACGGGUGAAGCUCUGCAGAACGAUGUUAUGGCGAUGUCAGAUGGAGAAAGCAGGCCUCGAAACAAUAAAGAUUCUCCUCUCGAAGCUCAUUGAUGAGGAGCAGAUUUAUCGUGAGAAAAGUGCGGAGGAGUUGGGUUAUUGGCUGAAAAAGAACAAAGUCCGUACCAUGCGUAUGAAUUGGAUGUGUCCAAAAAAGCCUCAAGAGAAAGUCUUGUUGAAAUGUGGGAUUCGGCCGGACAAUAUGAGUUUAGCCUAUGACUCAGAAAAUCUGCCCAAUACCGAAGACAAGUGGAACAGCACUGUGUUUUUCUCCAAGCAAUUCGGCUGCUACAAAUGGCCGGAGACGAUAAGUGUUGUUGUGUUCGCCAAACGACCUCAAAUCAAUCGGCCAAAGUUAAACGAAUGUGAAAAGAUGAUUGUGGCGACGUUCGAAAAUCCCCAGUUCUACAGCUUGUGGAUCACUCUGCUGCUCAUUGAAAAACGAGAUUUGCCGGAACUCAAAGAAAGCACCGUUUGGAUUAUCAAAUAUCUCCUUCGAAACUUCCCAGACAGCACGAUUAUUUUUCAAAACAUUACAAAAACUCUCAUGGAACUGUUAAGAUCUCGCCAGCGAGCACAACAAAGACUUGCUGCUGAGGUUUUCGCCGGAGUAGCACAAGGGACGAAAUACCGAGGAUUUAAAGUACUCAAUGAGUUAUGGAGUUGGUUAGCAGGGGCUGUCGAUCUCAUGUACGACUUCAUGAAUGCUGAUGCCUACAAUUCCUGGAGCACAGUGCUUUCACAA